AUGAAGGAGUUAUGGAUAAAAUACAAUGGUAGAAUGCCUUCAAAACUCGAUGCUCGUCGUUGUUGGACAGAUGAACGACCCAGCGAUGCCAAGCUGUUCGCUGCUACCAUCGAGCAGAUCCAAAACUCAUCUGUAACCUGGACUGUCAUUCAACGAGGGGAGCCUACUGACGAGAAAAAAGCUAUUCAAGCUGUAGCACAACUAGCUUUCCCGGAUCCCUGGAACCCGUUAAAGGUGUUAGAUCUCCGCCUUCCUAUUUUAAGAAAUGAUAUUUUCAUGGUCCCGAACGACUUAGUGUGUUCAUAUGGAGUAGACAACUUGCAGGUGUUGCUUACCCCAAAAUAUUCUUGGUCCCAACUACAUUUUGAUAAUGCAGAUGGCCUGUCAAGCAUUAUUGGUAAGACAGGCAGGAAGAUUUUUGCGACCUUUCCAAAUAGCCCUAACAAUAUAAGACUCUUUCGAAGUACUUUGGGCAAGGAAGCAAAGCUCGAAGAAAUUGGCCCAUCACUUGAAGGAGGACUCACAUUCACAAUAACUUCUGAUGAUGCCAUUGAUUUGCCUGGAAAUUGCUUCCAUGCAGUAUGGACACUCGAAGGCGGCUUCCUCGCAACAUUGGACUUUAUCACACCCAAUACAACUAAAGGCUACUCGAGAAUUAUAUCUGCAGGGUUAGAUGAGUUUAUUGGAACGAUGCGCCAGAAAGAUUUGUUCGAUUGGUUCCUUACUUCCUUAGAGAUAGCUUUUAAAAAUGAGUAUGUGGAUGAUGCCGUUUCGGCAUGGAUUGAAUUGUUGGAUCGCACAACAGAAUGGGCGUAUGGACAUCAUGAAUGGUCAAAAAAAGCAACAGAUUUAUGUGAGGAGUUUCUGUCAUCGCCCGCUUCAUUAGACCAAAUUUGUCCAUGUGGAGGGGGGCAAGGAAAGGCAUUUAGGCAACACUUUCGAGAUUAUCAUCUUCUUCAAGUCUUACACAAACGACAGCAUAAUAAGAGUAAUAAACCUCGAAAGAAACUAUGUAGAUAA